AUUCCUCUCUUCUCUCCUCUCCACCCACUCCCGCUGCCUCUGCUCCACCCUCCACCCGAUCUGCGCUCGCGCCCCGGCGGCGGGUAGAAGAAGAAGAUCUGACGGAAAUUGAGGACAGGGACGGCGGCGCCAGGCGGCGGGGAAUGGACGCCCACGGGCCCGGGGCCGCCAGCAAGCUCACGCGCACCCCCUCCUCGCUCCUCCGCUCCCCCACCGUCCGCAACUGCUCCUCCUUCCACGCCGUCCUGCUCCACGACGACCCCGAGCCCGACCACAAAAAGUCCCACGCCGUCGCCGCGCAGCACACCCACAACCUCCGCCCCGCCGCCGCCCACCCGCUCAUCCUCCUGACCCUCCCCCUCGCCCUCCUCCUCCUCAUCCUCCUCCUCCACAACGACCGCCACCUCGCGCUCCUCGCCGCCGCCGCAGCCGCCGCGCUCGCCGCCGCCGCCGCCGCGGCCCGUCUCCUCCGCGGCCGCCUCCGCCUCCGCCGCGCCUCGCCCUCCGGCUCCGUGCACUGGUUCAUCGGCGACGACGACGACGCCGCCUCCGCCACCACCAGCCCCCACGCGCGCGGCCGCGUGGUGCGCGAGGGCGUCGAGUUCUACAGCAACGGGGACUGCUACGAGGGCGAGUUCCACAAGGGCCGCUGCAACGGCGCGGGCGUCUACAACUUCUUCGGCAAGGGCAAGUACGAGGGCGACUGGGUCGACGGCAAGUACGACGGCUACGGCAUCGAGUCCUGGGCGCGCGGCAGCCGCUACCGCGGGCAGUACCGCCAGGGCCUGCGCCACGGCCACGGCGUCUACCGCUUCUACAGCGGGGACUGCUACGCGGGCGAGUGGGCCGGCGGGCAGAGCCACGGCAUCGGGGCGCAGACCUGCUCCGACGGCAGCUCCUACGUCGGCGAGUUCAAGUGCGGCGUCAAGCACGGACUCGGAAGCUACCAUUUCAGAAACGGCGAUCGCUACUCCGGGGAGUACUUCGGGGACAAGAUCCACGGCUUCGGCGUCUACAGCUUCGCCAACGGCCACUGCUACGCCGGCUCCUGGCACGAGGGCAAGAAGCAGGGGCUCGGGAUGUACACGUUUCGGAACGGCGACAAGCGGUCGGGGGACUGGGAUUUCGGGACCCUCAAGAGCCCCAUGCCGCCCACCGAUCCUUCCGUCGAGCGCGCCGUGCAGGCUGCGCAGCGGGCCUCCGAGAACGCAUUCCGCCUGCCGAGAGUGGACGAGCAGGUGCACAAGGUGGUCAUGGCCGCGAACCGGGCGGCCACGGCGGCUCGGGUGGCGGCGAUCAAGGCGGUCCAGAACAGGAUGGACGGCAAGUUCUGCGACACCUACGUCUGAUGAAGCUUGCUUCUGUGUGUUGUGUUCAAAGAAACCAUGCCACCCGUUUCUUCUAACUGUACAUUAGGGUAGCCAAUAACUAAUCGGCGAGUGAGUGAGUUUCAGACGACGACGACGACGACGACCGGGGCGGCACAACCGCUCGCUCCGAGUCAGAGAGAGAUCAGACCAGCAACAAACGGGAGAGCCUCCGAGGAGCGGAAGCUGUGACAGUUUUGCGUUUCAAAAAACAGCUCACAUUCCGCGAUAUCGCGAUCGCGACCGGCGGUGGUCCCUUCCCUUUCCCCCCUCUUCUUCCUGUAAGCUGUAAAUUGUACAUAGAUCCCAAGUGUAUCAAUGGAAGAGUGAGCUUUUUCUCA